AUCUCCAGAAUAAUUCGAAUAAGAAUAGAGCAUUUUAUGUGUUUGCGAUAUAGUAAUUUCCUCCAGUGUGACUCAAUCGAACGACCAACCACGAGAUGGCAGUGUUCUGUCGCAGUCACGUGAGGCAGCUGUUACAUACAAAAUGACUGGAGACAUGAAAUGCAAGCGAAAUGUGACUAACAAACAAGGCGUUAAUUAAUUAUUAAUGGAAAAGGCAACAAAACUAAACACCCUGCAUGUACACCUGCGACUGUGCAGUUCUUGCAUCAUGGUUGCCUUCAGGCGAACGGGAUGGAAAAAGAUGAAGUCAAUUGGGUACAGCUAAUUACAGACGAGCCCUGUGCGCAUGCGUCUGACUGACAGCUGCGGUCUGAGCUCUCAUUGGUCAGUGGCGGAUCAGAUGUUAAGUCGGCCUACACUUCUUUAUGCUGCCCAGUUGGUUCGGUAGAAAAGGCUAGCAUUGAGUGGAGUGCGGACCAAGAGAAGACUAUAUAACCAGCACAUCCUGAGACGUUUUCUUUAGGUCACCUCGUGGUUCAGAUCAGCCAGCUCUAAACACCGAUAACCCCACCUGCCAGCUCUACACUGUACCAACCCAAGCCGAUCUAAAGCCUUCGGCAUGAUGCAGAUCAGCAGCGGCUCUGCCAGCAACAAGCACUCCCUCCUAAACGUCAUGAACCGCUUCAUAGCAGCUGCCAACAACAUGGAUGAGACCAUCAUGGUGCCGAGCUUGCUGCGAGACUUGCCGCUGGAGGAGCAGGCGGACAGCGAGGUGGAGGCCAACAACAACAAUCAGGAGCUACAGUGUCCUAACAAGCAGAAAGACAUGUACGAGCACUACCUGCUGCUCAAGUCUAUAAAGAACGACAUGGAGUGGGGUCUGUUGAGGAGGGAGGUGAGCAGCGGUGCCGGUUUCCUAGAGCUUCCUGUGAAGCAGGAGGAGAAGGAACAAGUCACCGGGGAUCUGCUCUUGGAUGACAACUCUGACCUGGAGCAUCAGUUCCAUUAUCACCUCCGAGGACUGUUUGGGGUUCUGUCAAAACUCACACUGCAAGCAGACCACCUGACCAACAGAUACAAGAGAGAAAUCGGAGGAGGAAGCUUCAUGAGAUAAAAUCACUACUGUCACCCCCUCCACCAUGGACUGAUUGACUUGCACAGUGGGUCAUGUUGAGAAGGGCCCCCUCCUGAUGGAUCUCGACUGUCAAAGAACUGACUAGUGCUACCACUACGCUCGUCUAACACUCCAGCUUUCCCCCAGCAGACAGACCUGAAACCAGUGAUGCCUACAUACCCAUGGGUGUAGCAGCUGACAUUUUGUGCUUUGCGGAGGUUUUAGGUCUGUACCCAAGUCCAGAUGCAGCACACUUCUGGCUUGUGCAGAAACGUGGCCUCUUGUCUUUUCAUUUCAAACCUGAACAUGAGUUUACCACCAGACUGUUAUUGUGAAUAAGGGAUGAAUGUAGGAGAUUAAAUGUUGGUAAUUCUGUCCCUUCUCAAAAAAAUUAAAUCACUUAAGCACUGAGCUGAAGGGCUCUUAACCUGCAAGGUUUUUAAAUUGAUUCACUGUUACUGUAACAGGCUGUGCCUUUUUUUUUUUUUUUUUUCAUUCGCUCAUGCCCUGUUCAAUUAGUAGCCACUGUUGAUCCACUUAAAUGGUAAUAUCAAGGUGUUCUGGUGGCAUGGCUCAUCUGGUGUCCUUGGAUAUUUCAGACUCAUUUUUAUAUUGAUGCA